UGGAGGGCAGCGCUUCCUGCGAACUCCCGGCUGCCCGGCAGCGGAGUGAGCCGGCGCUCCUACCUUGCGUCCCUCGGGGGUCUGGGGACAUGGCCAGAAAGGCUCUCAAGCUUGCUUCAUGGACCAGCAUUGCUCUUGCUGCCUCUGGGGUUUACCUCUACAGCAACAAGUACUUGGACCCUAAUGACUUUGGUGCUGUCAGGGUGGGCAGAGCAGUUGCAACGACAGCUGCUAUCAGUUAUGACUACCUCACCUCCCUGAGGCAUGUACCCUAUGGCUCAGAGGAAUACUUGCAGCUUCGAUCAGAGGUGCAUCUCCGCUCUGCCAGGCGUCUCUGUGAGCUCUGCUGUGCCAACCGGGGGACCUUCAUCAAGGUGGGCCAGCACCUGGGGGCUCUGGACUACCUGUUGCCAGAGGAGUACACCAGCACGCUGAAGGUGCUGCAUAGCCAGGCCCCGCAGAGCAGCAUGCAGGAGGUCCGCCAGGUCAUUCGCGAAGACCUGGGCAAGGAGCUCCACGAUUUAUUUCUGAGCUUCGAUGACACCCCUCUGGGAGCAGCCUCCCUGGCCCAGGUCCACAAGGCGGUGCUGCGUGAUGGGCGGACAGUGGCCGUGAAGGUCCAGCACCCGAAGGUGCAGGCACAGAGCUCAAAGGACAUUCUCCUGAUGGAGGUGCUUGUCCUGGCUGUGAAGCAGCUAUUUCCAGAGUUUGAGUUUAUGUGGCUGGUGGAUGAAGCCAAGAAGAACCUGCCUUUGGAGCUGGACUUCCUCAAUGAAGGGAGGAAUGCUGAGAAAGUGGCCCAGAUGCUCAAACACUUUGACUUUCUAAAGGUCCCCCAGAUCUACUGGGAGCUGUCCACCAAGCGGGUGCUGCUGAUGGAGUUUGUGGAGGGUGGGCAGGUCAACGACAGGGACUAUAUGGAGAGGAACAAGAUCAACGUGGAUGAGAUCUCCCGCCACCUGGGAAAGAUGUACAGUGAGAUGAUCUUUGUCAAUGGCUUUGUGCACUGUGACCCCCACCCAGGCAACGUGCUGGUGCGGAAGCAUCCAGUCACAGGCAAAGCGGAGAUUAUUCUGUUGGAUCAUGGACUCUACCAGGUGCUCACGGAAGCGUUCCGCCUAGAUUACUGCCACCUGUGGCAGUCUCUGAUCUGGACAGACAUGGAGAAGGUGAAGAGGUACAGCCAGUGCCUGGGAGCCGGCGAACUCUACCCCUUGUUUGCCUGCAUGCUAACGGCCCGGUCGUGGGACUCCGUCAACAGGGGCAUCAGCCAUGCCCCAGUCACUGCCACUGAGGAUUCAGAGAUCCGCAGCAAUGCGGCCAACUACCUGCCCCAGAUCAGCCAGCUUCUCAACCAUGUACCGCGCCAGAUGCUGCUCAUCCUUAAGACCAACGACCUGCUGCGUAGCAUCGAGGCCACCCUGGGUACCCGCGCCAGUGCCAGCUCCUUCCUCAACAUGUCACGGUGCUGUGUCAGGGCGCUGGCUGAGCACAAGAAGAAGAAUACCUGUUCAUUCUUCAGAAGGACCCACAUCUCUUUCAGCGAGGCCUUCAGUUUAUGGCAGAUCAACAUUUAUGAACUCAUUCUGCAUGUGAAGGGGCUGCGACUGAUGAGCUGGGUCUCGGCCCUGCUUUGCUGGCUCUUUCCUGCUCCACACUGAGGGGAUUUGCGUAUCCCUUUCUGGUGUCUUUUCACUGUUCGUAUUUCCUUACUUCCCUGUCUCCACCCAGUGCCCUCAUUUCUGCCCCGUGGUGGUCUGCGGUCCCAGAGUCAUUGUCCAUGCACCAGGAUGCUCUACCUUUGGAACUACUACUCAUGCUGCAGCCCUUGUCUCAGGGCCCACAGGCUGUGCCAUGGAACAGGCUCUUCUCCUUCGGGAGAAGUUGCAGCAACCUCCUCUCCUGUUCCUGUAUGUGCCAUUGGCUUGGCUGUCCCCCCAUUUCCAUUAACCACGUCUAUUGUCAGUAUUAACCAUGUGUGCUACCGAGGGCACAUUUAACUAGCAGGAAGUUUGAUUUGUUGGAGGUCAGCAUUGUCUCUGAAACUGCUGGAGGACAGGAUCUCUGUCCUUCCAUGUCCCUCCCUAGAGGUGUCACACCUGAACGAGGCAGUUCACCAUCUGAGGACCGACUCUGGGCAGCUGUGGGUUCACUGGUGUCAUGCUGAUCUCUUUGGUAUUAUUUUUAUUGUAUUUCUUUCUUUGUACCAGGAAUCGAACUCAGGACCUUGCACUUGUCAGGCUGGCGCUGUGCCACUGAGCUAUCUCCCCAGCUGUAUUGUAUUUUAACAGUCCUCUUCAGCUUUCAGGGUCUGUCCAUCCUGACUCACUUGGCCUCUGCCUCACCAGCCACAUACCCAUUCUGAGUGUGGCCCUGGCCCUAGCCAAGGGUGGACAGCUCCUCUUGGUUCUUGUUUCCAUGGGAUUUCCCAGGGAGAACUAGGAGAAUAAGGCCGAGGCUUGGGUGGUGGGAUUUAUAUUCAAGGUUGGGAGUGCAUCUAUACCAGCCAGUAGUGGAUCUGAGCAUCUGCUCUUUGGCUUCUUGCCCUUGUAAUCCUUCCAAGCAGUAGGACUCCUUCCACUGUGGGACCACUUCUUAGGAGGCUUAGCUUUCCUUCCAGGCCUCUGAGAACUUGAUUGGAGGUAUUAAGCCCAGGGCUGGGAGCUUAGAGGCUGACUUAUUUUCUCCUAGGUCUCAACCUCAUUUCCUGUGGGCUAGGUACCUCCCUGUUCUCCUAACCAUUUCCCGACUUACCCUCUGGUUUUUAGUUGAUGGCUCCAGUUCCAGUCUGGGAUCCCACUGGGUCUUCUCUGUCCUUCUGGAGUCCUUACUCCUUUUACUGAAACUUUAGUCACUGUGGCUGGGUUUCUGUUUGAAAACCUCAUGUUGCCUGUUUGAAUUCUGUUUUUCACCUAUUGCAUUGCAGGCUGCCCCUUCCCCUGUGUGUGUCCUCUGCUCCUGCUUCUGGGACACCCCCAGACUCCUGCUCUAAUUCUUAUGUCUGUAUGAUCUCCAAGUCCCUGAGACCUCAGAUCUGCCUGGUCCUAGCUCCCUGAACACCCAUGGUCCCAGAUGGUAACUGUAUUUGAAUCUUUCUGAUCUUGCCUCACCCCAUUCAUAGGGGUAGAAAACCCUGAAUCUGAGUCUUGUUUUCUGUUCUUUUUAUUCAUAAAGUAACAAGUACAUUUUCUAGUGAUCAGAAAUGAUUUGCCAUUCUUUUAUUUCCUGAAAGAAUUAAUUGUUUUUAGUGACUAGUUAGAUGUACCCAGGGACCUGCAAGAAUAAUUUGCAAGAUCUGUUAUUAAUCAUGAGGCUGCAUGGUGCAUAUUAUAUUUUAUGGUGUCUUUUAUAGCCACUGAAGUAAAUAUAAAUGUCUUUUCUGUUCAAGGUAAUGGUUGCUUGCUUCUCACUUUUGGUGUAAUGGUUGGCUUCCUUUGCACUGGGAUCUAAAACAUCAGCAUGUUGCCAGUGAGCCCAGCACCCAGAACAUUUAUCCAGGUAGGGCAGAGAGGCAAGGAGAGGUGGAGGUACAAGACAGCUUGAAAGUAGGAAUGGAGCAGGCUGAUUUUUAUUGAGUACUUUUCCCAUGAGAGGCCAGCAAGGCUAUGUUAUAUUGUGAAAUUGUCUCAUCAGCUCUCUGAGGGAGGGGUAUUAGCUUCAUCUUACAGAGGUGGGAACCUAGGGUCAGAGAGGUUUGUGAUUUGCCUGUGCUCACUGAGUGACUGAGUGGUGUUUUCUGCUUUACUUUUGAUUCCACAGUGCCAAGAUAAGGGUUACACUUGCUCCUAGGGCUGUCUUGUGUGCUUGAGUUGUGUGCCUCUCAUGUAUGUGCUUGGAACCUAGAUGACCAGCACCUAGAUGUCAGUCCCAGCAUACUUAAAGAUUUUCAGAGAUGAUAAAAAUCUGUGCAUUUGAUAAGCCACUCACACAUUAGUCCUGCAAGAGGUGGUGCUUUGCUGGACAGGUUAAUUUGGGGAGUGUUUCUUGGGCACUGCAGGAUCAGAAAUGGCCCAUCUCAGCUCUGCAGGCUGCCUGGGGGCCCUCCUGACACUGCUUCAGGACUUGCAAAGUAUAGAUAACAGUAAAAGUGGCUCUCAGAGACCCCGUGCAGAUGCUAGGGAGCAGAACUGAUAGGUUUGGAAUGAUGCCAUGUAGGCAGAUGUGAGGAGAGUGACAUUUGGGCUGAGUGGUUGGGAAAGGGGUAGCACAAGCAGGAGCUGGGGCCAGAGCCAGGGUCUAAGCCGGGAGCUGGUGACCCACAAGAUCUUCACUGACAGGAGGAACAAACCCAGAGCAAAACAGGUGGAGCCGUGAUGCUCAUUGAACCGGGGGAGAGGGCUCAUGUUUAACAGAGGCCUUGCACACCUGCUGACCUGAUGCCAUUGCUCCUGGUCCACUGUGCUCCUGGUCAAAGGGGAGCUGCAGGAAAGCCCCGUGCCCCAAGCCUUAAUUCUGAAAAAGUCUCGGUAGAAGCCAAGUUUGGUGAAGACCUGUUUGGUCCAAAGGCUCCCACUCUUACUUCUACUUUUUCCUUUCCUCCCUGCUUCCUUCCUUCUCUCUGUUCCCCUACUCCUUCCUUCCUGUGAAGCAAAGUCUGGUGUGGCUGGCUUCCAAAGGAAGGGUAAGAUUGUCACUUGGAAGAGUGAAUGUGACACCCUGGGCUGCAGUUGCAAUGCCCGUUUCCUGGUAGUCAGCGCCUCCCGGCUUGGUCUACCUGCUCUUGUGAAGCUCUGCUGUCAGCCAGCUCCCCUCCUCCCAGGUCACUGUGCCCCUGGCCAGUGCUGCUGGGGCAUGAGAGCUCUUUCUCCCUGCUCUGCCUUUGGCUGCACUGUUGCACAGUUCCUCUGAUGUUUCUUUCUGUUUUUUCUUUUAUGUGUCUGAGGGAAGGACAGAGUGUUAAGGCUGGUCAGAUGGUGGGAAUUCAGGCUCCCGGGCCUGCCAUUUCAGCGUCUCUGUCCUCAUCCCCUCUCUUUGCACUUUCCAGCUGCAGCAGGGCUUUGUAGACUUUCCUGUGUGAACCAAUCACAUGUGGUCUCAUUAAAGCCGGGGGAGGGGGAACCUGAGGUUUGCAUUUCUAACCAGAUUUCAGUUGCCACUGAUGCUGCUGAAUUGUGAGGACCUAGGACAAUGGUCCUGGGGCCAGCAGCCAGGCAUUAUCUGGGAGCUGGUUAGAGAUGCCAAUUCUCAGGCUUCGGUCCCACUCACUGAACUGGAGACAGGGUGGGGGACUCUGUUUUCAUAAUUCUUCCACGGGACUUUGAUGCCCACACUUAUACUCUGAAUCCUACACUCAUGGUUCUCAACCCUGUGUGCACAUUGAAACCACCUGGAGAACUUCAGAUGCCUGGAGUUGUGAUUUCACUGAUUUGAAUGGAGGCCAAGCAUUUUUCAAAAAUUGUUUUUGUUUUAAAUAUUUUAUUCUGAAAUAAUUUUAGACUUACAGCAGAGUUGCAAAGAUAGUACAGAGGGUUCCCACAAACCUGCCACCUACCUUUCCCUAAUUUUAACUUCUCACAUAACCAGGGCCCUUAAUUAAUGGGAAGAAACUUGCAUUCAUAUGGUGCAAGUAACUUAACUAAGCUACACUUGUUUAGAUUAGUUUCCCCACUGAUGUCCUUUCUGUGUCCCAAGGUCCCGUCCAGGGUGCCAUCUUGUAUUCAGUUGUCACAUCUCCUUAGACUCCUUUGCCUGUCGCAGUCUCAUACCCCAUGUCUUUCAUAAGUUUGACACUCUGGGAGAGUACUGCUCAAGGACGGCACAGACCAUCUCUCCAUCUGGCUCUGUCUGAUGUUUCUUUGCCAUUAAACUGUUUAUGGUUAGGAUGAAAACAAAGGCCCAGCACCCUUCUUGUUAUCCCCCGUCCUGGGAGCAGGGCAUGGACCUGACUUACUGACCAUGUUCUUGCAAGCUCCCUAGUCAGGGUAGACCUCUGCCUCACAACCACACAUGUUUCAGCUGUCUUCCAGAGAAGGAAGGAACUCAGCUCAGAAAUUCCUUCAUGCAUGGGCAUCAGCCUCGCUGAGGCUGAGAGAGGCCUGGCUACUUCUACAUUAAAAAGCUCCCAAGAAACCCUCACAAUGCAUCUGUGCCAAAGCAAGACAAUAAAAACAGUGGUGUGGCAUUAAUGGUUCAUUAACCACAAGUUAAUUCGGUAAGCAUAACACAUGUUAUUCCUAUGAAUGCAACAUCAGAAGUGUGAGCAUUGAGGUCCUCCCCAGAAGUAGGCAUGAGGGGUUUUGUUUUCUAGGUGUAUUUACAGUUCUAAAUGUCAAAGUCACAUCCAGUGGGGGUUGAUAGAGGGUUCACUGGUUAGUCACCUGUGGUGGGCCUGGCACUGCUGUAUGAGUCUCACCUGGCACUUGCCUUUUGGUGCCCAGCAAGGCAAAAGUCUCCCCUGAGCUGGUAGCCAGUCCUUUCAAGCAUAUCUCCUGGUCCCGAGAGAUGGAAGUGGUUGGUGCGCAUUUCACUAGGUGGGUCACAAUGGAGAGGGGAGGCAGGAAGGAUGGAUUGCCAGUAGCACAGACUUUCUUCUCUCCAUGGCUAAUGCCAGGUGGGGCACAAAGCCCUUCCAUGUCCUACAAACUGGGAUGAUGGCUGUCAUUUCACCCUCUUGGAGCUGCCAGGGCUUAGCAGGCAGCCUGGAGCUCAGCUCCCAGGGCUAUGUAUCUGGCAGGAGACCUUCCUGUGCCAGAGGUAAGCAUGUGCACACCAGUAUCUACCAGUGGGGGGUAGAGAGUAGUAAUUAAGGGCAUAGGCUCUUGAGUUGGCCUGAGUUCAGAGUCUUUUGUACUGUAUUAUCCUGUGCUACCUAAAUAAGGCAAGUAACUCAACCUCUUUGGGCCUCAGUUCUCCAGUUUGAAAAGUAGAGACACUCUGGGAGAGUACUGCUCAAGGAUGGUGCAGAUCAUCUCUCCAUCUGGCUCUGUCUCAUGUUUCUUUGCCAUUAAACUGUGUUUAUGGUUUGGAUGGAAACAAAGGCCCAGCACCCUUCUUGUUAUCCCCUGUCCUGGGAGCACGACAUGGACCUGACUUACUGAUUGUGUUCUUUCAAGCUCCCUGGUCAGGGUAGAGACCUCUGCCUAGGGUUACUGAGAGAAACUGGCUAGGUAAUAGAUGCAGUGUAUUUGGAGAAGAUGAACCACACAGCGAGCACUCAGUAAAUGUUUGUUAUUAGCUCAUGUGGCAGACAUGAUUCCCAACUUUCUUAGUUCUUGCUAAGGUAGCCUUGGGUCCAGGUGGAAGGAUUAGCUAGCAAUAAAUGACAAAACAGCAACAGCAAUAAUAAUCAUAAUAAUAACAACUAAUAUCAAGGACUGACCAUUUGCCCACUUCUUUGCAUGGAUUCAUUUUCACUUAGUUCCCACAAUAGCUCCAUGAGGUCCAGGGCCACUGUCAUUGCUUUGAUCAGGUGAGUACACUGAGACACAGAAAGCGCAAGCUGCUUGAUGGAGGUGACCCAGAUGAUGAACGAAGGUGGUCUGCAGCCACAGCUUGGCUUUCCAUCCCUGGAUGCACUACAGGUGGCUUUGACUUGGGGUUGGAUGGCCAACACUCCACCUAGUCCUGCUGGACUCACUUCCUUCCGGCCCACCUCUGUCUACAGCUGGUAGGCUCCUGUUGUGGGGCAGCUGGUCGGGGAGCUGGGCAGGAACCUGUGAGCAAUCAUUUUCCUACAAGGAGGGAAGCCUGGAUGGGCCAGAGCUCACCCAGAUUGUGGCGUUGGUCACCAAGCCAUCUGGGCCCCUCUGGGUACUGACACCCUCUCUAGGCAAAUCCUUGUAAGGGGAAUGACUAUAGGCAGAACUGCAGUUUUGCCCCAUGGUAAGUAGGAUUAUAGAGGAAGUUCUGCGUUUUUCACUUUUUCUCUCCCUCCCAAGUAUUUAGAAAGAAGUAACAAGCUGUGAGGGAUUCAGGAGACAAACCAGAAGAGGGUUUCUGAUGAGCUGGUUAGAAGUAAGCUUUGCGUCUUAGUAGUUUACAUGUGUAGCAGUCUGAUGGCUCUGACCCUCACCUUACCUUUGGCCUGGGUCUGAUUCUCUGGCAGGGGCCAGUGCCACCUGUACUGAGCCAGGUGGCUGGAGGUCAGGCCUGUCAUGACAUCCUAGAUCUGGUGGUGUGGGCAGAUUGUUUUGGUCCCUGGGCUUAGCUUCCUGCUGUGGAGCAACGGUGGUUGUCCAAAGGUUGCCCUACUCAGAGGUCUGUUGUAAAUGUCAACAGAUAGUGCUGGUGAAAGCUACAGGGGAAGUGAUACUAAAACAGGUACACAGCACUGAGUGUGCAGUUUAUCUACCCAGUGUCCCUUGCAGCUUUAACUAGGAUUCCUUUUUCUCUGGGACACUCAUUUCUGCAAGUGCACUGACUCCUGCAUCUCCCACAAGCCAUGGGGGAGGCAGAUGGCUGCCCCUCUGGCCACAGAGAUUGGUUCCAGUAUGGACUUGUGCUCCCACGUGAACCUUUUGUGUGCGGGUAUGGAGAAUGACUACAUUUCCAUUGCUUGCUAACUCUGGUGGUUGUCUUGCUGUGUUCUUGGAACCCCUGGAUCUAGCCAUUCUAGCAAGCCCUGUCCAUCCUUGAUUUUUCAAGUAAAUGAACCAAUAAAUCUGAAAUCUGUCACCUGAGUUUUUUUGCGUAAAUUACCUUAAAUUAAUUACCUGAUACUUAGUGGAAAAAAAAAUCCUGAUCAGCAUAGCUGUUAUCUUUGAGGGGCUAGAUCCAUGUUGAAAGAUGUAGAGACCUACUGAAGUCUAGAAAAUUUGUAUUAUAGGGAUAGGAAAUAGAGGGACGGCUCUCCAGAGAGCUGAACAAGAGCAAACAAUUAAAUUGGAAUAAAUUCUUUUUGUUACGACUGUUGUUGAAGCUAUGAGAGCAUGAGCUACUAGUUUGUUGCUAUAUAUGUCAUUUUCUGGUGAAAAAUGUCAUUCUGGCUGGAUGCCAGUUGUGUGAAUACACUUUGUACAGUGGUCGUGCCUGUUUUCUAGUGGGUUCAUGGAGUUGUUAGAACGCGCUGUUUGGCUGAAACAGGCUUAAUUUCUCUAUUGAUUCUGCUUAUUACUGUCCACACAGGUCACUCCCAGAAAGCUGGCAGGAAUGGCUUCUUUAAUCACAGUAUUAGUUGGAUAGAGCCAUCCUUGGGAGCACUUAGGAUAAGGACAGUCUCACAUGGGUGCACCCCAUGGACUUGCAAGUUCAGCUGGCCAGAUCAUAGGACCUACACUGAAGUGGGGAUGAGACUGGGAAAAGGACUGUGUGACACUCUCUCUGCUCUCUUCUUCAUGAAUUCCACGUGUCUGAUGGUGAGUAAAGUGAGAGCUUGUGAAGAGGGUUGCACCUCCCUCCCUGUCUGGGUGGUGCUAUUUGAAGUUUGCUACACAGGCUGAUCUUGAUGGUGCAGACAGCAGGCUCACCCCAAGUCCCUGGCCCUACGCUUUUUCAUGUGUCCAAGCCUUCCCUCCUCCAUCUCAGUGACCAUGCUCAGGUGCUGCCUCCUGUAUGGAACCUUCCAAAGCCACUAGGCCCUUGCUGCUCUGCCUCUUUCCCCAGUUCUCCUGAUUGUCUCUCACAUCAUCCACACUUGUCUGCCAGCCCAUGCAGUCCUCAGAGGGUAAGGAACAUUCCCACUUUGUCUCUCUCAUGCUUUUCUACAUCACUACAGUGGAGGCAAAGGUCAGCCUCGCAUUGGUUGGGUGGACAUUUACAUGUGCGUCAGUCCCUGCAUGUAGUAUGUGUGCCUUCAGUGUCCAUCCUGGGGGUGGGAGUGGAGCAGUGAGGUCAGAUGUCAUGCUGACUCUAAGGACUGUGGUGUCUCCAACAGCAGGAGCUGGCUUUGGGAAAAAGGGGGGCUGUUGCUGAACCAGGAAUCUGUGGUCUGGAGAAAGAGAAAGGCAUUUUCAUGGGGUGGUGGAGCCACUUGCAGCCACACCAGAAAGGAAGAUGUGAUGAGACCAUUUCUGUAUUCCUGUGUAGGGCAAGAUGUCCCAGAAUCUCAUUUUGACUAAGGUCUAGACUCAAAUUCUUUGUAGAUGAUACCCUCAGCUGCCCCCUGGCCCAAAACCCUUUAUCCCCCAUGGGCUUUGCAUGACUCCCAACCCCAUAGGUCCACUUCUUGGUAUCUCUGUGUCCAUCAGCUUUCUUCCACCUCUGUACCACCUGGUUCACAUCUGGUCUCCCCCAUAGUCUUCUGGCUCCUGUCCUGUGCCUCCUUGUGUCCCCUGUACAAUACCCACCCAGCUGUUUUUGUUCAGACAACCCAAAGCCAACUUGUCUAGAGGCACAUUGUCAUAAAUCUGUUUGCCUAAGGAUCAGUUCUCCCAUAGAAUCUGUUUACCUAAAAUUAAAUAUUCUUGAAUGUUUUCAGAUCCAUUUGACCUUUCUAGUUUCUCUUGCUUAUUUUUCUUUUGCAUUUUAAAGAUUUUUAAAAACCAAUUCAUCAAAGAUCAUUUGACUCAAUGUUGUAUUUCUAAUGAGUAUUUAUUACACACACAGUGAAUGUU